CGUCGGCUGUCGUGUAUUAGCUCCAACAUGGCGGCCAGGCUCAUUGUCACCCUGACGUGCUUCGCUCUCUGUCAAUCCACCCCGGUCCUCUUAAACGGUGUAAUAUACCGCGAAGGACGCAACUUUCCGGUCAAUGCUGCAAACAUACCAAAUGUCAUCGACAUACAGUUUCACCCGGGCCAGGGGUACGCCGAAGUAUAUCCAGGAAAUGCUAUCGCUCAAGCAGAAGCUUACGAAUAUCCCGUUAACACUGCUGCCUUCGCUUCGGCACAUAACGGACAAUAUUUCCCUAUUCCCCCACCGGCUACCGUAGUAUCGUAUCAAAACUUCGAAGCACCACCCGGUGUGGGAUACAUAAUACCAACAACAGCGCAAUCCACCGCCGCUGUUCAUGGUAAUCAUGAGUUCGCCACAUCCUCCGCUACCAACUAUGGAUCUGGUUCGGCGCAAUCCUCUGCACAAACUCAGGGUACCGGUACAUACGGAGUCACAUCUAACACUCACGUCUACGGUCAAGGAGUCGGUUCGGCAACAUCGACAGUGAACAACGGCCACGAAACGACUGUGACAACCGCUCAAACGCAAGGCAAUGGAUUGAGUUCAGCCACAUCGAAAACACAGAGCGGUCAUGGUACCACCUCGGCGGAAAGUCAAGUGAACGGUGCUCAUGGUUCAGCCUCAUCAUCUGUAAAGCAAGCGUCAGGGAAUUCUGUCGUUACAUCAGCAAACACCCUGGGCCAUGGAUCCUCAGCGAGCGCUAAUAUACAAAAGGCGCCAGGAAUUGGCUUCACCAAGACUACAAGCAAAAAAGGAGUUAAAUGGCAAUUCGGAACCCUGUAUGGUACACCAUCCAAUGUUGCAAAUGCUCAUGCUCAAAGUCAAUCGGGACCUGGAAUUGCUCAGUCAUCAGCUCAAACUAUCGGCCACGGAUCGGUCAAUGCAAACGCUAAUGCUAACGGAGCGGGACAUUCCACUUCAUCCGUCAAUAACUACGGACACGGCCCUAUUACCACUUCCGCUAAUGCACAUGGUCUUGGAAGCGCCACAUCUAGUGCCACCGAUGGACAUAACUCUGCAAACUCGGUUGCCAGCACUGAUUCUCAUGGGUUACCACACAUGGUUGCUAACCCUGUGGGACAAGUGCCUUCUUAUUCCCCUAACCAGGGAUACGGAAUGGUACAAUUGAUUCCAAAUGUCCACGUUCCAAAUGGCUACGUACAGUCCGUAGCUAACACUCAGGGUUACGGCACCGCCAACUCUGCAGCCAGCUCGCAAGGACCCUAUGGCCCCGUGCAGUCUACCGCUGACGUCAACGGUGCCGGAUACGCGCAUUCAGUUGCCAACGAUAAAUACGGUUCAGUGAACACCAUUGCUAACUCAGGUCACGGUUCUGCCAAAUCAUCUGCCAACGUCAAUCAUUUAGGAUACGGCUCAGUGAACUCCAAUGCUAAUGUGAAUGGUGCGGGCUACGCUAACUCAGCGGCAAACAGCAACGGAUACGGAUCGACUGUCUCGUCGGUUACUGGUAAAGGUUCAAGCAGCUCCAACGUUAUAUCUCAAGGGCCUAAUUAUGCUGGAUCUCAAACAAUCGCCAACGCCCAGUCGUCUGGCUCGGGUCACGCCAUGUCCUCAGCGAGGGCGCAGGGCGUGCACACCGCCUUCAGAGUUGUCAACUCGUCCGCUAACACCAACGGCUAUGGGUCUGCUACUGCGAACGCGCAGAGUUUGUGAAUAAGCGAAUUGUACCCACGAAGCAAUCACUUCAAGACGACUUAAUGUUUACUUGUCUUGAUGUUUUUGCAACA